AUGCCACUUUUUUUAAAGCUGGCUGGCCCACAACUUAUCCAAAUGUUCAUCAGUGAUGGAGCAGAACUUGUCCGAGAUGCAUUUCAACUUGCAAAAGAGAAGUCACAAUGCAUUAUUUUCAUUGAUGAAAUUGAUGCAAUUGGGACGAAGCAUUUCGACAGUGAAGUAAGUGGCGAUAGGGAGGUACAAAUGACCAUGUGGAAUUGCUUAACCAGCUCGAUGGAUUUAGCAGCGAUGAUCGAAUUAAGCUGA